CUGUCUGAUUGGCUGCCGGUCUUCAAAAAAAGAGCCCAACUAUCUCGCUAUCUCUCUCUAUCGCUCUCUCUCUCUCUCAGCCCACCCACCGCUUUGCGGACCUCUUCGGUCUUAUUUCCCGUCCUUGCAGUGAAAAGAGAGAGAGCGAGCGGGUCCGGGCUGAACGACACAGCGCUCAGCAUGGCAGCUAACCACGGCGACUACCGCGGCUACCUGCGGAACACGGCCGACAUGGAGUCCGGCCAGCACCGCUGCCAUCACAGCUCGGAGCCGACCUACCGACCGCUGCUUUUCGGGACGCUCGCCGUUAUGGGACUGCUCCAGGUGGCAUCCAGCGUAGCCAUCUUAUUACACUUGACGGGUUAUCUGCAAGAGGUAGACCUGUCCUCGGCCCCACACCACCCUAUGGAGGAAGUGCAGACAGAACCGGUGCUUGAUGCACUGAGAGACACGAGGAAAAACAAAAGGUGCAAGCCUCCAAAAGACGGCCUGCCAUCCGCUCAUCUGCCAAUCAAAUCACAUCAAGAGUUCGCCAAGAAGGGCGAGCCAAAGUCUAUCAUGAUCGACUGGGAUGAACUGCACGGACACCGCACCAGAAUGGACUACCUGAAGGGGAAGCUGCUGGUGAAGGAAUCGGGUUUCUACUAUGUUUACGCAAAGACCUGCUUCCGGUACUACGUCUUUGACAACAUGAGUCAGGCCACAACCCCGCCGCUAGAUGUGAGCAACGCUCAGCUCUUUCAGUAUGUCUGCCACGAGAGCAUCAAGCAGAACAGCAAGGCAUUUGUGCUGAUGAAGACGGGCAGCACCAUGCGCUGGGAGCAGGGACCCUACAACAUGUACUGCGCCCAGCAGGGCCGAGGAGUGAGGCUGGAGGGAGGAGACGCCCUGUACGUCAAUGUGUCCAAUGCCUGGAUGCUGGACCCGGUGGGAGAAUGGACGUAUUUUGGGGCCAUUAAAUUGGGCAACUGAAAAUUGAACACAUGGAGGGAGGACGUGCUACUGAACAAUUUGACAUGCCAAUGAACCACUGUGCGAGCACUUGUCAUUUUAUAAGAUUACUGAUUGAUAAUGUUAAUUUUUUUUUAUUUUGAAUACGUAUUUUUAUAUACAUUGCUCUUCACCAAAUAGCCUUUGAGUGUUUUAUGAGAUAAAAAAAAAAAGAGAAAAAGAUUGUUUUUGGUCACUUGGCCCAAAACAAGUACUACAGGAGUAAUCACAAAUUAAACAUUUUAUAAUAUAGCACUGGAAGCUUUUUGGUAUUGUAAUCUAUUAGUUGAUAAAUUCAAUACAUUUCAAAUCAGAUUGCAGGGCUAAUGACAUUAACCAAGAGCACUUUUGAAGAAAAAAAACUUUUAAGUUCAGCGAUCUAUUUGAAAUUAACCAUUAUAUUCCAAUGCUGCAUUGGUUGGUAGAUUUUGUCAUGCACAUAUUUGAUAGUUCAGUAAUAUUUUUCUCGACUAGCAGGGACAGAUCCGUCCUAUUUAGGCAGUAUCCUGACCGUUGAGUAAACGUUGUCAUGCUGUUGGUAGUACAGCUGUGAGUCAAUGUGGUUUUUACCAAGGAAAUCCUCCAAACUGGCAAUCUAUGCAGGGUUUCAAAAAUGUUAUUCGGAAACUUCCAUAGUCUGCGUAGAAUAUUUACAUCUGCAAAACAGUUGUACAUCAUAUGCUCAGACAUAGACAUGUGAAUUCACUAACUAAACAAGCCACAAGGGUGAAACCAUUCCUGUAAGUCUAUUGGUAGGA